AUGUUAAGAGCACAAGCAAGCUGCUCUCUGAAGGCUGCCGGUGACUGCGUUUCGAUUCCCCAGGUUGAAAAUCCAAAGGUGGGACUGCGGACACGUCAUCAGGAAGAGAGAGGAGGCAUCCUUCCGAAAGAGGUUCAGAUUCCAGGGAACAUUCCUAGCAUUAGUCCCCCUAAGAAGCCAGCGGCUCGCAAAUGCGAACAAGGCUAUUCGAGGGCCGACACCUCGUUCGUUAUCGCAACUAGGUUUAACCAUGCGGAUAUAAUCUGGCUUAAGUACAGCGAGCGGACUGGGGCACAUUGA